AUGAUCCAUCGCUUCCAGUCUCCAAAAAGAUCAUUGGCUUAUGUAAUCAUAUGGAUGCUCUUUAUUAUUCUGGAUUGUGUUUUGUCAGUUGAUGCGCAUCACAUUCACAAACACUGCACUCCUUCUUUUAGUUGUGGACAUAAGAUAGAUCUCUAUUAUCCCUUUUGGACAUCAGACAGAGAAGAGUGCGGUCACCCAGAUUUCAAGGUCAACUGCAGCGACGGUUUCGCAGAGCUUACCAUUUCCUCAGUUAAGUUGAGAAUCCUCGAGAUGAAUUCUAAGUCUAGAAUCGUCAGACUUGCCAGAAUGGAUUACAUCAAAGAUCUUUGUCCCCAUAAGCCUGAGAACGCAACACUCAACGAUCAAGUCCUUCCGUUUUCUGAAGACACCGAGUUCCUAACAUUUUACUACCGAUGUCGUCUUGACCCAAACCUGAAUAUUACUUUCCAUGGCCACAUCAGACAGCUUGACUGUGGGGAUGAUAUUGAUGGACGAAGUUUCUCUGUCUCUGUCUCCUCCCAUACACAUUCUCAGCAUAGGCAUAUCACAGAUGAGUUGAAGGCAUCAUGUAGAACUAUCGUCAAUGUUCCGGUAUCUCGAUCUGCCUUGAAGCUACAAGAGAGAAAUCAGAGUGCGGAUGCUAUAACGAAGGCUCUUGAAAAGGGUUUUGAGCUUAGCUUUAACGAAGAUUGUUCCCGAUGCAGAGAAUCAAAUGGUGCUUGUGGAUAUAAUGAUACCUUGGGAGGAUUCAGCUGCUAUUGUAAAGAUAGGCCUCAUAAGCAUACUUGUGAUAAGAAUGGCAUUGGUUCCGCUUGUGGUUUCUUGCUUGCCACUAUUUUAGCAGCGUGUUUUAUCUGUUUCUACAUCCGAAGAAGGAAGAAACUGGCAGCAGAAUACACAAACAAAGACCUUUCAACUACUCCUUACUUAAGCGAUAACGCAAUAUCAUCCACUCCAAGUUCCACAACAACCUCCAGAAGCAACCACUCUCUCAUGCCAUCAAUCUAUAACCUAGCAAACAGAAGUGUCGAUUAUGGAGUUCAAGUCUUCACCUAUGAAGAACUCGAGGAAGCCACUGAUAAUUUCUCUAGAGAGCUCGGAGAUGGAGGAUUCAGUACUGUCUACUACGGCUUGCUAAAGGACGGACGAGCCGUAGCUGUAAAACGCCUCUUCGAGAAGUCCCUGAAACGAGUGGAGCAGUUCAGGAACGAGAUCGAUAUCUUGAAAUCGUUAAAACACCCGAACCUAGUGAUUCUAUACGGAUGCACAACGAGACAUAGCAGAGAGCUACUCCUAGUGUAUGAAUACAUCUCUAAUGGCACACUUGCUGAUAAUCUCCAUGGAGACCAAGCGCGGUCUCGUCCUAUUAGCUGGCCUGAUCGACUCAGCAUCGCCAUUCAAACCGCGAGUGCAUUGUCCUUCCUCCAUGCCUCAGGAAUCAUACACAGAGAUGUCAAGACUACCAACAUUCUUCUAGAUAGCAACUACCAAGUCAAAGUGGCUGACUUCGGUCUCUCGCGGUUGUUUCCGCUGGACCGAACUCAUAUCUCAACCGGGCCGCAAGGAACUCCAGGGUACGUUGAUCCUGAGUACUAUCAGUGUUAUCGUCUUAACGAGAAGAGUGAUGUGUACAGCUUUGGAGUUGUACUCUCGGAGCUCAUCUCAUCCAAAGCAGCAGUCGAUAUCACCAGACACCGCGAGGAUAUCAACCUCGCGAACAUGCUUAUCUCCAAAAUUGGAAAUAACUCCGUUCAUGAGCUGGCGGAUAUGUCUCUAGGAUUCGCGAGGGAUCCUUCCGUGAAUAAGAUGAUGACUUCUGUUGCUGAACUGGCGUUCCGCUGUUUGAAACUGGAGAGGGAGGCAAGGCCCUCCAUGGAUGAAGUCGUCAAGGUUUUGAGAGAGAUUCAAAAGGGAGGUGAAAGAGAUGCUCCGGAGGUGGAUGUGAGGAGCGGAGAUGACGCUGCGCUGUUAAAGCACGGUGUUCCUCUUCUGUUAUCGCCGGUGCCUGAGAAAGAGACGAGUAGUUCUAAUACAACGAGGACGAGUAGUUCCAAUACGACGAAGAGUUCGUUCUGA